CCGCCCGACGCCUGCGCCUCCUUCACCACCACACUCAGCCAGGCGGCCCUGUACCGACUCAGCGGGGACUACAACCCACUACAUGUAGACCCGGAGGUGAGCUCCCGAGUGGGUUUCCCGCGCCCCAUCCUUCACGGGCUGUGCAGCCUGGGUGUGUCCGUGCGGCUGGUGCUCCGCGCGUUCGGGGGCGACGACCCCAGCCGGUUGCAAAGCGUCAAGGUGCGCUUCUCCAAGCACGUCUUCCCGGGGGAGACGCUACGAGUGGAGAUGUGGCUCGAGCAACAGCAGCAGCAGGAGCAGCAGCAGCAGGAGCUACUGUCCUCGCAGCAGCAGCAGCGGGAGGAGUCUAGCCCCAACCCGACCGCCGCCUCCGCCACCACCACCACCACCACCAAGGUCAUUUUCCGCACUUGGGUUGAAGAGCGGAAGGUUCUAGCGAUCACUAAUGCGGCAGUGGAGCUGCUGCCGCCUGCCUCUCGGUUGUAGUGCUGCUGCAGGGGGGGAUGUGGUACCGAUAGGAAGACACCCAGCCGCGAUAGAGGUACGGGCCGUGACCGUAGUUGACCUUCUAAACAGAUGAUGUGGAGAGAGGGUUAGGCGUUCGCAGCAGGGGUUGAUGGUUGACAGAAGAAGAAGCAAGGCAAGGACACUAGUCAAGGCAGGUCCUGCUGAUGUAUUACAUGAGGGAGAGGAGAAGGUUGGGGUCCGGGCUGCUGGUCACAUUGCUUUUGUGUACACUAGGCGGGGACAAGUUGAACGGUGACCCAAAGGCAGGUAGACCGGUAUACGGUACACCAGCUCUUUCUACGUCAAC